GACGUGCAAUCUGGAUGUCCAAAGUUGGUGAAAAUGAUAGAAAAAUUGAUCAAAGAACCACCAAAGUUGAUGAUAACUGGAAAAGAUCUUUCCUCGUGGUUGUUGUUAACACAAUGAUCAAAUCCACUACCAACAUUUCGCCAAACUUCAAAUUCCUUGCUAGCACGGUUAAUCUGAAUCGAGUAAGGAAUCUGAAUUGGUGCCAUUAUGCCUAUACCAGUCUUUUGACGGCAGCUAAAUACUGGAAUGAGGACCGAAGCAGAUGGUUUGCUGGUCCGCUACCAUUUUUAAUGGUGUGUUAUUUUGAUCGAGUGCAAAUUGAAAAAGAAUAUCCUCCUAGGAGCUUCCCCAUCAUUAGAUGCUGGUCAAGACAAAUGAUAAGCAUCAGGGUUAAGCAUGAUAAUGAGUGUGGCUUUGGACAUGGUAUCAUUCUUGACAGAAUCGAAAGCCCACCAGAGCUAAUACAGUAUAGGAGAGAUAUUCUUUUGGAAAAAGAACAAGAAGAACCACCACAACAAGAAGAAGAAGAAGAACCACAACAAGAAGAACAAGAACAAGAACAACCACAACCACCACCACCACAACAAGAAGAACAAGAACAAGAACAACCACAACCACCACCAACAGAACAAGAAGAAGUACCACCACCACCACUACAACAAAAACAACAACAACAGCAAAAACAACAACAAGCACAUCAAAGUUCACCGGUGACUGAACUCGGUGAAGAUCAGGAGAUACCAGAGCAACAAACACACUCCAACCCUGAGGAAGUCAAACUACCCUCGACAGUUGAGGAGUUUCAUCAGGAGUUCUUGAAGACCACAGCUGAAUUAAGUGGUGUAAUGAACAAAUUCAACAACCUCUUGUCAUUGUCGAAGAAGUUCUUUGACACGACUGUUGAUGUAAAAGAAACAAUGUCAUUUAAUAUGGCAGAGAUGUGGUCCAAGUGUUCAGAAACACAACUUCCAACCGUGUUUGAUAACGUCAAGAAUGCAUCAAAUGAGGAGAGAAAAGAUUCACAGGAGAUGGGUUCCAUUGUGAGUCAAGACAAAGAGUUUUUCAGCUCGGACUACUUCUCCAUUUUAUUUGAUGAUGCAGUCAAGAAAGCGACAAGAGGGAAGAAAAAAGAAACUGUUAUGGAAAAAGAAACAGAGGAACCUAUGUCAGAGGAGCCUCUAUCAGAGGAAAGUCUACUAGAAUUACCUCCAUUUUGA